UCUCGGAAAAGCAUACGAUACACAAAAGCAGACAAACGUAGAAGAUCUCCAAGCUGGGUAGGAAUCGAUCACUUUCCGUCCGGUCCAAGAAGGGCACCUCUAGCGUAUCCGACAAGCCUCCGUCAAAGCACCGCUUCACCAUGGCAUCUCUGCGCGGCACUCAACAGCCGGAGCUCUCCAAGAAGCUGUACAAGAUCAUCAAGACCGAGAACCACGUGAUUGGUGCCCACGAAGCCGCGGCGCGUGAACGUGUCGGUGUUGCAAGACAGCUCUCCGAGUGGGGUGAAGCGACAGAGGAUGAGACAAUUUCAGAAGUGUCAGACAAGCUUGGUGUCCUCAUGGCGGAGAUCGCAGAACAGGAGGACCUAUAUGCGCAAGCUCUGGAGGACUACCGAGGUGUCUUGAAGCAGAUCAGGAAUACUGAGAGCUCAGUGCAGCCUAGUCGAGACCACAAGGCCAAGAUCUCAGACGAAAUUGCCAAACUCAAGUACAAGGAGCCUCAGAGCACCAAGAUUGUUCAGCUUGAACAGGAGCUCGUCCGCGCAGAAGCCCAGAGCUUGGUCGCAGAGGCGCAACUCACCAAUAUCACUCGUCAAAAGUUCAAGGAGGCAUAUGACCACCACUUCGCCGCUACGAUCGAGCGUGCUGAGAAGCAAAUCAUCCUGGCUAAGCAUGCCCGCCGACUUUUGAACCUUGUCGACGACACACCGGUUGUUCCUGGAGAUCUACAUCCUCCUUUUGCAGGCGGAGAGGACGCUCGUCAAGUACUCAACGACGCAGAAGAUGACCUUCGCAACUAUGAGUUGAAUGUCGAGCCAAUUCACUCCAAUGCUGGUAACUUGGGCGUAGGAGCAAUGCCUGGAGCGCCAGUGGGUGGUACUAGCGCUGCACCUGUGCAGAACACCACGCAAUACCAGGAUACAGUCGGCACAAGUGAGGACGGCCGUUACGCUGAGUCGAGUGUACAAGGCACCGAUGUUGGCAGCCAGCCUCCUUACCCCGUGUCGGAAGCAGAGAGGUUGGAGCAUCAGCAGGCUGCGGAGCAAACUACUCAGCCACAGCCAAUUUCCUUUCAACACGUUGCUUGAUGUCAAGAGGCUCUAGGGUUGAGUAUCUCGUUGCCUAUUCGAACAGUAAUGCUAGCGUAAUGGUUGGGAAGACUGCGUCAAAUAGUGGCCGUUUGGCCAAUUAAUGUUUAUGUAGGGUUGUUUCCAAUGAUACCUAAUUAUGCCUC